ACCCACACCCCUGCCUGCUUGUGCUCGAUCUCUCUCAUCAUGCCAAAGAACCACAUCACCUUCUACUUCGACGUCAUCUCGCCCUGGGCGCAGGUCGGCUUCCGCGUGCUGCAGCGCUACGUCGACAUCUGGGAUGCCGAGGUGGCGUGGAAGCCGCUCAACCUGGGGCGUGUCAUGCAGAUCUCGGGCAACAAGCCGCCCAUCACGGUGCAGAACAAGGGCCGCUGGAUGAACGAGGACAUGAGCCGCGCCGAGGUCUUCUAUGGACUGAAGCUGCGCAUGCCGACCGGCUUCCCCGUCAACACGCAAUAUGCGCAAUGCGUGCUGCGAGCGCUGCAGGAUGCAGGCAUCGAGUCAGCGCCUUUCCAGAAGGCCACGGCUGCGCUGAUGGAGGCGCUCUGGACGCACGACCUGCCUGUGCAGACCGCCGACGAUGUGCGCAAGAUCCUCGAGCCGGCCAACGUGGCCAAGAAGGAGAUGCUGGAAGAGGCAUUGAAGCAGGCGGAGAAGAAGGAGAGCAGAGAUAGGUUGACUGCUGAGAGCAAGCAGGCGGUGGAGGAGGGCAUGUUCGGUGCUCCUUGGUUUGUCGUCAAGCGUGCCUCGGACGGCGAGACGGCGCGCUUCUUUGGCUCGGACCGCUUUGAGCAGAUCGCGGCGUUCCUGCACAAGGACUACAAGGGUCCCUUCGCGAACGACUCACGACCCAAGCUCUGAGGAUGCAAGCCCAGCCCAUGCAGGCGAUGCGACAGGUCUGCUUGUGUCAAGCGUAAUGCGCGCCUCCGCUGUCCGCCGUCACUUGCCAGCUUCACAUGGUCAGGAGGCUGGAAGACGUGUACUUCCAGCCAACUGCCCCUGUGAAGGGACGGGUCAUGACAGGACAGCGAUGGCACGCAUGUGCGCUAGACACAGGUGGAGCUGGUCCGUCGCAGCUGGGUACCCAGCACUCGCACGAGCACAGACAGGCCUCAUCACGAUGUAUCACUCUAAUCGAGCAACUUCACCCCAGCCAACGUCUCUGUC